GGCGGAGCCUCUCGGGAUGGCGGGCGAGUCGCCGCGCUUCCUGCAGGCGCUGCAGGCCGAGCAAGGAGCCGAGGCGGUGCGGACGCGGGUGCAGGAGCAGGACUUACAGCAGUGGGGUCUGACGGGGAUUCACCUACGCUCUUACCAACUGGAGGGAGUCAAUUGGUUAGCCCAGUGCUUCCAUCGCCAGAAUGGCUGCAUCCUGGGAGAUGAGAUGGGCCUGGGGAAGACCUGCCAGACUAUCGCUUUCCUCACAUACUUGGUGGGAAGACUGAACGACGAAGGGCCAUUUCUGAUUCUUUGUCCCUUGUCUGUUCUGAGCAACUGGAAAGAAGAGAUGGAGAGAUUUGCUCCAGGCCUCUCCUGUGUGACAUACACGGGUGACAAGGAGGAAAGAGCCCGCCUUCAGCAAGACCUAAGACAGGAAUCUCAUUUUCAUGUGCUGCUGACCACCUAUGAGAUUUGCUUGAAAGAUGCCUCAUUCCUAAAAUCCUUCUCCUGGAGUGUUCUUGCUGUGGACGAAGCUCACAGAUUGAAAAACCAGUGCUCCCUGCUGCACAGGACACUUUCAGAGUUCUCAGUGGUCUUCCGUCUCCUGCUGACCGGAACUCCCAUCCAGAACAGUCUCCAGGAGCUGUACUCCCUGCUCAGCGUCGCGGAGGCUGAUGUGUUCUGCAGGGAGCAGGUGGAGGACUUUGUUCAGCGUUACCAGGACAUUGAGAAAGAGUCCAGAUCAGCAAAUGAGCUGCACAGACUUUUGCAGCCCUUUCUCCUGAGGCGAGUGAAAGCUCAGGUAGCCACAGAGCUUCCCAAGAAGACAGAGGUGGUGAUGUACCAUGGCCUGUCAGCGCUGCAGAAGAAGUACUACAAGGCCAUCUUGAUGAAAGACCUAGAUGCAUUCGAGAACGAGACGGCAAAGAAAGUCAAACUCCAGAACAUUCUAGUGCAGCUUCGGAAGUGUGUGGACCACCCAUAUCUGUUCGAUGGUGUGGAACCGGAGCCCUUUGAGGUUGGAGAGCACCUGAUUGAGGCCAGCGGGAAGCUGUACCUGCUGGACAGGCUGCUGGCAUUUCUGUAUUCCAGGAGCCAUCGGGUUUUACUUUUCUCCCAAAUGACCCAUAUGUUGGAUAUUCUGCAAGACUAUAUGGAUUACAGAGGCUACAGCUAUGAGCGUGUGGAUGGCUCCGUGAGAGGAGAAGAGAGACACCUGGCCAUUAAGAACUUUGGCAAACAGCCCAUUUUUGUGUUCCUCCUGAGCACCCGGGCAGGCGGAGUGGGUAUGAACUUAACAGCAGCAGAUACCGUUAUUUUUGUCGACAGCGAUUUUAACCCUCAGAAUGACCUGCAGGCAGCCGCCAGAGCUCACCGAAUUGGCCAGAACAAGUCUGUUAAAGUCAUCCGGCUGAUCAGCCGAGACACCGUGGAGGAAAUCGUGUAUAGGAGGGCAGCCUCCAAACUGCAGCUUACCAACACAGUCAUAGAAGGAGGCCACUUCACUCUUGGAGUCCAGAACCCUUCAGCUGAGGCCGACUUCCAGUUAAGUGAGAUCCUCAAGUUUGGCUUGGAUAAGCUGCUGUCCUCAGAGGGGAGCACCACGGAUGAAAUAGACCUGGAAUCCAUUCUGGGAGAAACCAGAGACGGCCAGUGGAGCGCUGACACUCUGCCUGCAGCGGCAGCUGGAGGCGGCAGAGAGCAAGAGGAAGGAAAAGACCACAUGUACUUAUUUGAAGGCAGGGACUAUUCCAAGGAGCCCAGUAAAGAAGACAGAAAGUCAUUUGAACAGCUGGUGAAUCUUCAGAAAACUCUUCUAGAGAAAGCGAGUCACGGUGGCCGGUCCCUCCGAAAUAAAGGCAGCGUUCUCAUCCCGGGCCUUGCAGAAGGGCCCAGCAAAAGGAAGAAGGUUCUGAGCCCCGCAGAGCUGGAGGACAGGCGGGAGAAAAGACAGGAAGCGGCAGCCAAGAGGAGGAGACGGAUGGAGGAGAAGAAGAAGGAGAAGCAGGAGGCUGAACGCAGGAAGAAGAUGGCCUGGUGGGAAUCCAACAGUUACCAGUCCGCCUGCCUGCCCUCGGAGGACAGUGAGCUUGAGGACCUUGAGGGCGGAGAUGACUCUUCGGCCGAGCUAGAUUAUGAGGAUCUAGAUUCAGCGUCCAUCAACUAUGUCAGUGGUGAUGUCACCCACCCCCAGGCCGGCGAAGAGGAUGCUGUCAUUGUGCACUGCGUAGAUGAUUCCGGCCGCUGGGGCAGAGGCGGCUUAUUCACGGCUCUGGAAACACGAUCGGCUGAACCAAGGAAAAUGUAUGAGCUGGCUGGGAAAAUGAAAGACUUGAGUUUGGGCGAUGUCCUUUUAUUUCCCAUUGAUGAUAAAGACUCCCGAGACAAAGGGCAAGAUUUGUUGGCCUUGAUUGUGGCUCAACACCGCGAUCGCACCAAUGUCCUGUCUGGCAUUAAGAUGGCAGCCCUAGAAGAGGGUCUGAAGAAGAUAUUUUCAGCAGCAAAGAAAAAGAAAGCAAGUGUUCAUCUUCCACGCAUUGGACAUGCUACAAAGGGUUUUAACUGGUAUGGUACUGAAAGACUUAUCCGGAAACAUUUGGCUGCGAGAGGCAUCCCAACAUACAUAUACUAUUUUCCUAGAAGUAAGGCUGCUGCCCGCCAUUCACUGCCUACAUCUCCCUCCUCAGCACCACUGGUUCCUUAGCAACCAGCCUGGCAUCGGGUCCAGUUUUAGCAACCAGUUAGUAAUGCCAUGUCCCCAGGGUGACUGAGUUUUCAGGAAAGAAGGCUGACUUCAGCUAUGUUCUUCACUCAGGAAUUUCUCGGGUAGUUUUCUCUGAAUUCUACUUUUGUUCCCCCCGGAAGCUCUACUGUGAUCCAGUUCCUAUAAUCCAGGAAUGUACAGCUUAUAUGGGAAAAGCCCUUUGGCUUCAGAUUGCAUAAGCUUAUAUAAUAAUAAAUUUUCUAUUGUUAAUAGUUCAUGUUGCCUUUCUCCCCUUGAACCUAGUUUUUUUACCC